CAGCACCUUUAAAGACGUGCUCGUUCACAUCGGACUCCAGUACCCGCUGCUUCUUCUUUCUCCUUCUUCUUCAUCGCAAUCUCGCUGCUCUCCUUUCGAUGGCGGAAUUCGUCGGCCGUCCCUUCUUCAGCUGCCGCAACUGCCGCAAGCCCGUCGCCCUCGCCGACGACAUCCUCUCCAGGAAAUUCCGAGCGAAAUGGGGACCGGCCUACAUGUUCACGAACGCGAUGAACGUGGUCGUCGGGCGGACCCAGGACCGGCAGCUGAUGACCGGGGUCUUCGCGGUGGCGGACAUCUACUGCAGCAACUGCCACGAGGAGAUGGGGUGGAAGUACGUGCGAGCCCACGAUCCGAAGCAGAAGCAUAAGGAAGGCCGGUUCAUCAUCGACCUGUCGAAGAUCGUUAAGGAGUACUGAUGCCGUGCCGGUCCGCGCAUCGGCUCGUCUCCCCCCGCGACUCGUGUCGCGUUCUUUGCUUUCUCGUACCGUGUAAAGAGUAAAGAAUAAGCUGGGAUGUCUCUCUCCUGUCGUGAUACGACGUCGGAUGAUGUUCCCAUUCAUGUAUAAUUGAAGGAACGUUUGAAUGUAUGUUAUUACGAUCUCGCUAAGAUAAGAGAACUUCGGUUUUCUUUCCCCCUUUUUCU